AUGAGCGCCAAACUCCCUCUCAGCCCUGAAUGGGCAGAGCCGCGCCGUAAGCCGAGCAUCAGCAAAUGGAAGCUCUUCGGCGCCGGCAUUCUCACAGUCGCCGCGUUGCAUUGGCUCACCCCGCAGGUGCACUACUGUUCGCGUCAUCACAGCCAUCACCACCACAACGCGACUUACCCAGGCGAGAGCCUCGAGUGGAAGCCAUGUGGAGAAAUCGCCAAUCGCACGGUAGAGUGUAGUAAGAUGGAUGUGCCUAUGGAUCAGUUCAACCCUGAUGCCAGCAACAAGACCUUCAACGUUCCCGUUAUUCGCCUGCGAGGCAAAGACGGUAGCCCGAAUCUGCUGCUCAACCCUGGUGGUCCUGGCGGCAGCGGCUUUGAGUUUCUGCACAGGAGAGGAGUUCAGCUGAGCACAAUUGUCGGCGACGGAUUCCAUCUUGUCUCAUUUGAUCCUCGCGGUAUCAACUCGUCGACCCCUCAAGCUUCGUGCUAUCCUAGCAAAGAAGCGCGUCAAGAACACGCAUCUGUGCAUGCCGCGGACAUCAACAAGGAUGGAGCUGAGUUGUACGCGUGGACGCACAACUAUGUCAGAGCUUGCGAGGAUACUAUGGGCGAGCAUGGAAAAUACAUCAACACCCCGCAAACAGCUGCCGAUAUGAACAGCAUUCUCGAUGCUGUUGGGCAGAAGGAUAUGUACUACUGGGGCUUCAGCUACGGAACUCUUCUUGGUCAGACCUACGCCACGCUUUUCCCCGAGAGGUCGCACAGAGUCAUCAUUGAUGGAGUUGUUAACCAAUUCGAAUGGUACCAGCAACGCAUCGACAGUGAGGACCUUGUUGAUACCGAGAAUGUUCUUGAUGGGCUCUUCAAGGAGUGUAUCAAAUCCGGCAAAGCAUGCCCGCUGUCUUCUGUCGCAGAUACCUGGGAAGGCCUCAAGAAGGAGUUCAUGUCCCUCAUCGACGAACUGAAGGAACAGCCGAUGGAUGUGUACAUCAACAGCACUACAUACGGUCUGUUGGACUACCAGAAGAUCUGGUAUGGCGCUGUCUUCCCAGUUUUGUACAAGCCAGAGAGGUGGCCCGCCUUUGCCGAGCGAAUGGAGCAUCUCAUCCACGGCAAUGCCACAGAAGCAUUGUUGGAAUACGGACUCGAUGGCCCUGAUAACUACGACGCGCUCUACACUGUUGUUAUGAAUGAUGGCCUAGCCGGUCCUUCUCACUGGCCGCAGGAUUUACAAUCACUUAUCGACAUUGCUCAGCCUACCUUCAACCGCAGCAUUUUCGCGCCCGAUGAUCUCAUCUACCCUUUCGCCAAGCAGCAAUGGCGCAUCCCCAAGACGCACAGCUAUGUUCCACGCUCCGGCGUCGAAACCGCUCACCCUCUGCUCAUCCUCACCACGAGCUAUGAUCCCGUCUGUCCUCUCGUAUCGGCGAGAUCCGCUCUUGCUGCAUUCGAAGAUUCGCGACUUAUAGAAGUCAAGGGUUACGGUCAUUGUUCUGUCGCAGUGCCCUCGCUGUGUCUCGCCAAGCACGUCCGUGGCUUUUUGUAUAACGGUACCCUGCCUGCUAAUAACGAGACGCAGUGUGAGGUUGACGGACCUUACUUUAAGCCUAGUGGGGUGGCUAGCGUGCAGAGUUUCGAGGACCCAGAGGAUCAGGCGAUUCAUCUUGCGCAGCUUGAUCUGGCAAGGGAUCCUGACUGGCCAAGAGCUAUCCAUCUGUGA